AUGAGUUUCGCAGAGAACUUGAUCGACGGGUUAGACUUAGUGUACCACCACUCUCAAGACAACACAAAGUGUUACACCGACUUUCGUAUCUUUUUACAGAAAAUGACAAAUGAGCGUCUUGACUUUGAGAAGCGGAUGUUAAAAAUUGUACAAGAUUAUCGUCUCAAAAAGGUGACGUCUCCCAACACCUUGAUGUAUGGGACUUUAAAAAUCAAUAUGGAAGGGUAUCUCAAUUCGAUUGAAGAAGAUCUUAACACACAAAGUGCGAUCACUAACAUCUAUUCUAUGACUGUUAAAGAGCUUGAGACUACUAUCAAAGAACUUGACAAACAAAGUAAAGCCUUAAUAGCUGAAGGACAAACAAUGACUAAAAACAUAGCGAAGCAAAAAGAAGUCUUAAAGAAAGACAGAGACAACUAUGUGAGUUGUGGUAAAGAUGACGAGUCCGCAAAAGCGUCAUAUCAAAAGAGUUUUAACAACCCGUCCUCUAAAGCCGCAAAAACUGUACAACUCAAAGAAAAACAACAACAAACCAACGCAAAAAUGCUCGAAGCGCAAAAAGUGUAUCAAACAACGUUGGCUGAUACAAACGCAAAAAUCAGGGAGUUUUAUACUUCACUCCAACCACAUAUCCUUGAACAAUUCCAAACAGCUGAAAAGAAUUUCAUUGUGUCAAUUAAGAGUGUUCUCUUAAAGUUUGCGAUGGCAUACCUGUCGCUUGUGUCGUCAACAGCAAAAUUUGUAGAGUCGACUCGAACCAAAUUUGACUCAAUCGACCCCGACGCUGACAUUAACGAAUUUUCAACUACAAAAGCUACAAAUGGACACCCUCCAGAAGAUAUCUUCGAGUACGAUUACACUGGAAAUAUCGUGAGUGGAAAUACUGGACUAGCUUCUGUAACAAUUCGAGAAGAUCCAGACAAUAAUUGUCAGAUGAAUUCAAAUGUGAACGAACAAGAACAACAAAACAAUGCUCAACCGAUUCAACCACAACAACCACAGGAGAUUCAACAAGAAUACACACUCGAAACAGCUCAAGUUGAAGGCAAAAAGUUCACUUUCCCAUUCCCUACUAAAGCAUUGUACGAUUACACAGCUGAAACUGAUGAUGAAUUGUCUUUUAAACAAGGAGAUACUAUACUUGUUGUUGAGAUGGACCAGUCGGGGUGGUGUUUGGCUUACGACCCAGAAGACAAUAAGGGAAGAGCUCCUCAAAACUAUCUCAAACCAGCUUAA